GAAGCCAGAACAUCUUUGGCAGCGCACGACACCACACAACUCUGAAAACUACAGCUAACAUGAUUAGGUACUUGUUAGGAUCAUGCGUGGUGGCGGUGUUGAUGGUACAAUCUGCAGCUAACUACGGAGUACCUGCGCCGCAAGUGCCAAGUUAUGGCGCCAAACCUCAACAACAGGCUUGUCAAACUUAUGUCGUCACGACAACAGUAGCAACUCCGCAAUAUUUCACUGACACAAAGUACCUAACACAGCACCAGACCCAGUACCAGACGCAGUACCAGACGCAGUAUCAAACUCAGUAUAAAACUCAGUACGUCACCAAAAAGCAGCCAGUGUCCAUAUACGUCACUAGAACAGUCUCCAGCUACGUCACCCAGACACAGCAAGUAAACCAGUACGUCACAAAAACGGUGCCCAGCUACGUCACUACCACCGUUAAAGUUCCUCAGUAUGUGACUCAGUCCUGCCUAGUUAAUGGAGGAUACGGUGGCAGUACAGGCGGUGGGUACAGCGGGAGCACAGGAUACGGCAGCAGUGGUGGCCCCCCAGCAAUAGACAUACGCCAGGGACCUAAUGACGAACCUGCCGUGGGCGAGGAGGAAUGGGCGUGGGUCUAGAAAAAAAAAACGUUGACAUGCAAGCUGUGGACAAUUUCAUCUCUGGAUAUCAUGUCAUUGAAAAGGGACUGUCUUAUGUCACUGCCAGUGCAGUGUGUAUUGGAAAUAAAGGAAUUUAUCGAUCCCAGAUUA